AUGUCGUGGUUUUCGGAAUUGGCAAACAAGGCUGAAAAUCUUUUGAAUACCUUGGACAGUUCAGCAGCCGAGGCAUUCAACGUUCAUCGGAGACGUAGCCCCGAACCAGCUUUUGACAACUCAAUCAGUGCCCGUUCAGAUUUACCACGGACAAUCAAAGGUUUUGAGCUGUCCACCGAAAAGUGGGGUCCCGUCGACUCAGAUGUCUGUCUGACCCCAUCUCCGGCGUAUUCAACCGUGCCCGCUCUGAUGUCAUCAACAGGAGAGCGAACGACAUCCGGAUUUAGCCAAUCACCUAAACCGAACAGAAAAUCUCCUUCGAAAACUAAAGCCGUUUCGGAGCACCCAUUUACCAGUUUGGUCAGUGGCCCCUCAGAACUCGCAAAUCAACCAUUCUUACCGGAUUCCACACUUACUGGCGGAGACGGUACGAGUAGUAGCGGUUAUGAGACACUUGAUUCCACUCAUGUCUAUUCCGUGGAUCCGAUACUAAAUAAACAACCAACUAGCUCAUUCGAUUUGAACCGCGAACAUCUGACUCCACUCAAGAUGACUCUUGUCCAGGAGACUGUCACAGACACAAAGCUGGAAAACAAGUUACUUCGAAGUGAGGUAUCAUCACUGAGUCAAGAUGUGUCUGGAUUACUCAAACGUAAUCACAAGGUAAUGGAAGAAAACAAGGAAUUGCGUGGUCAAGUCGAACGGCUGAUCAGUCAGUUGCGUGACUCCGAUGCACGGGUUCGUGAAUUACAAGUCAACGUGAAGGAAUUGGAAUUGAGUUCUAAUGCAUCCUCUGGGAUGGAUGAAGAAGCUGAACAACUGAGACAGCAACUCAUCGUUGCACAAGCUGAAUUGCACACUGUGCGUAACCAACUUGAAUCUAGCAAGCAGCACACAAUCAAUUUGGUCUCUAGUCUUCAAGAGGCUCGUAGACAAAACGAGAUUGCGGAGAAACGUGCCGAGUUAGCCCAGAAAGAGAGCAGCCGUCUGGUCAAAGAGCUUGCCCAAUACAAAGAGAAAGCUACGCAUAUACUUACCAUGAAGGAAAAUCUGAUCGCUUCCUUGCGUGCGUCAGACACCAAAGCCACUGAUUCAAAUGAAACUUCCAAUCCAGAACAAGAGAUGAUGGACGCCCUGCGGGCGGAAUGUGACAUGCUUCGGGAAGAGGUUUCGCGUUGGCGUAUCGAGGUUGACCAUCGCGAGCUGACCAUGCAAGAAUUGGAGGUACAAAUGCAAGCGGAACGUGAAUCGUUUCGAAGAAACUUGACUUUGGCAGAGCAACAUGCGGAACGUGAAAAACAGCUUCGCGAGGACGCAGAUACCGAACUGGCUCAGUUACGACGGCGAUUGCGCGAGUACGAGGACAACAUGAGUCGUCACAAGGCAGACUGGCACGCUCAGCUCACAGCCAGUGAAGCUGAACUUGGCCGACUUCGCCAAGCGUUGGCACGUCGUCAACCCUCAAGCUCGUCACACAACUCCAACGCUCCAACUCCCACAAUGGGUGAACCAACUCGGAACGAUCCGGAAUAUAUC